GAUAGUAAUGAAUGACAAACACACAGAGACUUCGUGCUGGUCUACAGUAAGAAGUAAAGUAGCAGCUCACACCAAUGAAAUGCAGCAGCGGCCAGAGAAGCGUUAUGAUCACCGGGAGAGAACCUUCAAAUUUGUGAAUAGGAGGGAUGACAUCACCCUGGAUGAUGACCCAGAGAUCCUGAGGACGGAAAUGUCCUGCGGCCAUGCUGUCAGUCCACAGUCACUGACGGAUUGGUGUCAAAGUCUCCUAGAUCAGGGUCAGUACAAGUUCACGUGUCCAGCUCUGAAGCAUGGAGGGAAUCAGAAGUGUGGGAAGGAAUGGCCCUACCAGGAGGUUCGGAAACUGGCACUGCUGACAGACAGCGAGCAGAGAUAUUUUGAGGAGACCAUGGCAACUCUGGCUGCUGCGAAUUUCCAUGAAUAUAAGUCAUGUCCUGGAUGUCAGUCGUCUGUGGAGAGGGAAGACUCGACCAAUCUGAGCGUGCACUGCACUGUCUGCACUGCCGAGAUGGGCAGAAUCUAUGAAUUCUGUUGGCAGUGCCGAAGGAAGUGGAAAGGGCCUGCACCACGAUCCGACCGCUGCAACAACGAGGGCUGCAUCAACAAUGAUCUGGACCUGCUGCAGACAUGCUCCAUAGCUGUCUUGUCAGAGGUUCAGAACAUGCAGUGCCCCUCUAUACGCGCCUGUCCCACCUGUGGCCAACUGAUCGAACAUGACAAGAGAGGCUGCAAGAACAUAUUCUGCACAAGGUGUCGGAAGGAGUUCUGCUUCGUCUGUCUGAAGCUCACCCCUGAGUGUCUGAAGACCAGCACUCACUUUACACCCUGUUCUGAUGGUGUUGCCCCCAGACAGACAUCAAUACCAACCUGGAAAAGAAAUUAGAUACAUUUCCGAUUAACACACUCACCCUACAGACAAACCAUGCAUUUCCUGCUUCAUAUUAAUUCUGUAACAUAUAACUUACAGUCAGAGGUGGAGAUUUCAGGUCCAGAGAGUACAAAUCCAGACCAAGAUUUUGUUUCAAUCAACUAGUUAAGUAUAAAGAGUCACAGUCACAGAGUACUCCACUCUGGGGAGAAAUCUCCACCUCUGCUUACAGUUGAAUCUACUUGUGUUUAUUUUCUCUACCUUUAAAUGAAUGAUUUGAUUGGUUAAGCGUUUUUACUCAUUACUCAAAACAUCUCAGGGGUAUAAAGACAUAUCUAUGCACACACACACACACACACACACACACACACAGCUGUGAAAUAUACUAUUUUUUUCAAACUGCAGCCUGGUUCUUCUCUGUUUCUCAUUAAUGAAGAGCUUCUUCCUUGCUCUAUGGGAGUUCAGUCCUGUUUCUAGGAGCCUGAUACAAACUGUCCUAGCAGUGCACUUCACACCUGCAAUUAAUGUUUCCAAUUGUUUUUGAAGGUCACUUGAUAUCCUCCAAUUCAUGAGACACUAUCGGAUAAGUUAACGGUCAUCUCUGUCGU